AAAAUUUAAAAAAAAUAUAAUGGAGAAGACCAGUUCAUCAGCGUUUCAAGUGCAGAACGGUGAUUCUGCGCCGGCGGCGGAGACACCGGUAUGGAAUAUGGUAGUGGUGUCGGCGUUAGCCGCCGGCAUCCAAUUCGGAUGGGCGCUGCAGCUUUCCCUCCUCACUCCUUAUGUGCAGCUGCUGGGAAUCCCACACAAGUACUCCUCCCUCAUUUGGCUUUGCGGUCCAAUCUCCGGCAUGAUUGUUCAGCCGCUGGUGGGAUAUUACAGCGACAAUUGCACCAGUCGGUUUGGGCGGCGGCGACCCUUUAUUGUCGGCGGCUCAUUCCUGGUGAUCCUCGCCGUCAUCCUCAUAGGAUUCGCCGCCGAUAUAGGCCACGCCACGGGUGACCCCCUGGGGAAGGAAUCCAAGACUCGCGCCAUUGUUAUUUUCAUAGUGGGGUUUUGGAUCCUGGACGUGGCUAACAAUAUGUUACAAGGGCCCUGCAGGGCGCUGCUGUCGGAUCUCUCCGGCGGGGAUGCCGGGAAGACGCGAAUGGCGAACACGCUCUUCUCGUUUUUCAUGGCGGUUGGGAACAUUGGAGGCUAUUCCGCCGGCGCCCAGCCCAGUCUCUAUAAAAGCUUCCCUUUUUCCCUCACCAAUGCCUGCGACGUCUACUGCGCCAACCUCAAGAGCUGCUUCAUCAUCUCCGCGAUCCUGUUGUUUGUCACAACCAUUGUGGCCGUAACCUGCGCGAACGAGAUUCCGUACACGAAGAAGGCGGUGGAAGGAGGGGGGGAGAGGGUGCCAUUCUUCGGGGAACUUUUGGGGGCCUUUAGGAAUCUCCCCAGGCCCAUGCUCAUCCUGCUCUUAGUCACGGCUCUCAACUGGAUCGCGUGGUUCCCCUUCCUCCUCUACGACACGGAUUGGAUGGCGAGGGAGGUUUUCGGCGGGGAAGUGAACGAUAAUGGAUUGUACGACAAAGGUGUGCGGGCAGGAGCGUUGGGGCUGAUGCUCCAGUCGGUGGUUUUGGGAUUCAUGUCCAUUGCAGUGGAGCUUCUGGCACGUCAGCUGGGCGACGUGAAAAUGCUGUGGGGUGGUGUUAACUUUAUUUUGGCCAUUGGUUUAGCCUCUACAGUAGCCGUCACCAAAGCCGCAUCACACUCUAGAAGAUUUGACGUUCAAGGCCACGCCCUUCCGCCAAAUUCCAGCGUCAAGGCCGGAGCUUUGGCUAUCUUUUGCAUUCUGGGUAUCCCUCUAGCAGUGACUUUCAGCAUUCCGUUUGCUCUAGCAUGCAUCUAUUCAAGUGAGGGUGAUGCUGGUUCUGAGCAAGCUGGUCUCUCCCUGGGUGUCCUCAAUCUUGCAAUUGUUCUACCACAGAUGUUCGUAUCGUUCCUAAGUGGGCCCUGGGAUGCACUGUUCGGAGGAGGAAAUUUGCCGGCAUUCAUAGUGGGUGCAUUAUCUGCGGCGGCGAGUGGAAUAUUAUCAAUCACUCUGCUUCCCAAACCUCAAUCAGAUGCCAAGCUUGUCAUACCGUAGUAAUGCAUGCAUGCAUGGCUACUAUAUACGAAGAGAGCAAUUCAAGCACUGCACGCGUGAUAUACUGUUGUUUGUUGACUGGAAAGAAUUCUCCAGAUAGCAUUGAGAUCAGAGGCUAGCUUUUGCCGAUCAUUAUUGUCUGAAACAUGGUCCACACAAGUUGUAUGGACUAUAUUUUGUAUACGGUAAAACAAUGUACAUUCGAUACAA